AACUACUUCAAAGCAGCAAACGAAAACCGAGCCCUGGAUACAGGCCCAGAUCUUGACCCGGUCGAUCUAGGGUUGAUAUCUCUCGAAGAGGUCCUAUAUCUAUUCCUUAUCUACUUUGAGUGGCAACAUCCUAUACACGGCAUUCUUGAUCUAGCUUUACACACACCCGAUUUUGUGAGAUCACGCUCGGCGCUCCUGUUCACUUGGAUUCUGGCCAUCACCGCACAGUUUGAUCCGGCCUCAGCGUCUCUAAUGAAGCGAUUGCGCUUGCACGGCGAAAAGCUGUCGAGGCAUGUUCAUGCGUGUGGCUACAGAUCUGUGGAAAUCGCACAAGGUUAUUACCUAUCACUCCUAGCCGCUGUCCCCACGAAUACCUUGGCGGAGGACAACUCAUGGACAUACACGACGUACGCCCUUGGUAUGAUUUCAGACUUGGGUUCCGAUAGCCGACAAGGCCCUUUGGCUUCAUCGCCCAGACAUCCCGUUACAGACCCAAGCAAUGGAUCAACUGUUGCGAUAUCAUCCCUUGAAGCAAGACUGGUUCGAAACCGAGAACGGACGUCACUCCGACUAUUGAUCUGGGAACAAGCACAUAAUGCCUCGCGUGGCAGAGUUACCUUUUUCCCCGAAAACGAGCUCAUUUUACGCAUAAACGAAUGGUGGCAGCAUCCCUUGGCUGACCCCACAGAUAGGUAUACUUCGGCUUUUGUUCUCUUGCGUCGCCAUUUGUAUAUGCUUCAUCAUGAAGUCAAACGUCAUUUUGGACUACCGCAUCAUGGACCACAUUGGGUAAGAGACCUCGUGGACUCAGCCUUGGAUCCAUGGGCAGAAACAUGGCUGACUAACCCGGACGCCCACUCCGAGACGCCUGAAGUCAUGCGAGGUGCGUUCUUGCGCUUCGUGUAUUUACAUGGUCGACUAUGGGCGCUCUCGGCGGCUUUGCACAGUCAUGCAAGCAGCGGACAGGGAACUGAUGUAACUGCUUACGACUGCUUUGAGGCUGCCGUCAACUGUUGCGAGGUCACUGUCAGGGAUCUUCGUGAGAUUGGUCAGCCAAUGUAUUGCAUGAUGACUCCAACCUGGGCCAUGAGCUCCUACGCAGCAGUCCUUGCCCUGAAACUGUUUUCACAGCUCUACGGUGAUCGACCUGGCCAGGAAGUUGAACUCCUGGCUUUGCUCGCGGAGGUUGCGUUGCAGCUAGAGAGAGCAGGAACAGUCCCCAACCAUCGAUUCGGCAUCCCCGCGUUGCUAGGGCAACAUCUUUUCCAGGUACUCCGCAGACGAUUAACAACACUUAAGACAGCGGUCCCUGUGGCACAAGGUGAU